GUUGUCGAUCGAUAAGUACAGUUUUGGGCGAUUCUUUGUGCCGGGUUAAAAGCGGGUUUGCACAGCCCCUAUUUAGACUACCCUGAUUUACACGAUUAUCACUGUCGAAUCUCGCACACGGUUUCGCUCAUGUAAAAUGAAGUGAAAAAGAAGGACAAGAAAGAAAAAGAAGUCAAACUCAUAAUUGAUUAAACUAAAAGCAUCUCUAGUGUCAGAUUAACAAUGCAAAAUGCGGUUUGUUUCAUUAAAUGAUUAUAACAGUAGUCUAAAUAGUCAUCGAAGGGACAAUAUUAAGCUUAGAAAUUGUCUUGUUCACGCUCAAUACGACCAACUUUGCGGGAAGAUGUAUUGUUUCAGGCAUUGACACUACAUUACUAAAUACAAAAAACAUGGGAGCAAUGUUCAGAAGUGAAGAGAUGGCUUUGUGCCAAAUAUUCAUUCAACCGGAGGCAGCGUACACUUCAGUUUCGGAGUUGGGAGAGACUGGCGCUGUUCAAUUUCGUGAUUUGAAUUCUGAAGUCAACGCCUUCCAACGAAAGUUUGUCAGUGAAGUUCGUCGCUGUGAUGAAAUGGAACGAAAACUUCGAUAUGUGGAAGUUGAAGUAAAAAAGGAUAAAGUAAAAAUUCCAGAUAUAAAAGAGGAGACUCCACGGGCUCCAAAUCCUCGAGAAAUCAUUGAUUUGGAGGCACAUCUAGAAAAGACAGAAAGCGAAAUAAUGGAGUUAUCUCAGAAUGCUGUCAACUUAAAAUCCAACUUUCUUGAACUGACCGAGUUAAAACAUGUGCUGGAGCGAACCCAAAGUUUUUUCUUUGAGCAAGAAGGUGCGAUAAAUUUAGAAUCUACAAGAAAUAAUUUAAUUAUUGAUGACCUCGCCAAUGCUCAAACAAGAGGUCGCCUCGGCUUUGUUGCUGGUGUUAUUCAGCGUGAGAAAGUCCCUGGCUUCGAACGUAUGUUGUGGAGAAUCUCUCGUGGAAACGUUUUUUUACGUCAAGUGGAACUAGACAAGCCUUUAGAGGACCCAUCAACGGGUGGUAAAAUCUACAAAACGGUGUUUGCUGCCUUUUUCCAAGGCGAACAGCUGAAAACCAGAAUCAAAAAAGUUUGUGCCGGAUAUCAUGCGUCUCUUUAUCCUUGUCCUAGUGCUGCUGAUGAACGUGAAGAAAUGCUAAAAGGAGUCCGUAUACGUCUGGAGGAUUUAAAUAUGGUACUAAAUCAGACACAAGACCAUCGUUCGCGAGUACUAUCAACGGUUGCUAAAGAAUUGCCACGUUGGAGAAUUAUGGUUAAGAAAAUGAAAGCGAUCUAUCACACAUUGAAUCUAUUCAAUAUGGAUGUGACAAAAAAGUGUCUUAUUGGUGAAUGUUGGGUACCUGUGCUGGAUCUUCCUGUUGUACAGAAAGCAUUAUCUGACGGAUCCGCUGCGGUUGGAAGUACUAUACCAUCUUUUUUGAAUGUCAUCGAAACUAAUGAGGCUCCCCCUACAUUUAAUCGAACCAACAAAUUCACGAGGGGAUUUCAAAAUUUAAUCGAUGCUUAUGGGAUUGCUUCGUAUCGUGAAGCAAAUCCAGCACUUUAUACCAUUAUUACGUUUCCAUUUUUAUUUGGUAUUAUGUUUGGAGAUUUGGGCCACGGAAUUAUAAUGGCUUUGUUCGGUUUUUGGAUGGUGAGCAAAGAAAAAAAACUGGGUGCCAAAAAAUCCACUAACGAAAUUUGGAAUAUAUUCUUUGGAGGCCGUUAUAUUAUUUUAUUAAUGGGCUUAUUUUCAAUGUACACAGGUUUUAUUUACAAUGACUUAUUUUCUAAAUCUAUGAAUAUUUUUGGAAGCUCGUGGACUAAUAAUUAUAAUACGUCCACAAUUAUGACGAAUAAGGACUUAACUCUAAACCCUGGAUCCACUGAUUUAAUCGAAAAUAUUUAUCCAGUUGGAUUGGACCCAGUUUGGCAACUCGCCAGUAAUAAGAUAAUAUUUCUUAAUUCUUACAAAAUGAAGCUAUCCAUUAUAUUCGGCGUAGUACAUAUGAUUUUUGGCGUUUGUAUGAGUGUUAUUAAUUACAAUUUUUUCAACAAACGAAUCAGCGUACUACUUGAAUUCUUACCGCAGAUUAUAUUUCUGGUCCUGCUUUUUGCCUACAUGGUGUUUAUGAUGUUUAUGAAGUGGAUCCAAUAUACUGCUAAAACAGAUUUUCAGCCGCAUACACCAGGUUGCGCCCCAUCAGUACUGAUCAUGUUUAUCAACAUGAUGUUAUUUAAAAAGUCCGAUCCUCUACAUGGAUGUGAAGAAUUUAUGUAUUCAUUCCAAGGGUCAUUGCAGCGCACAUUCGUGUUUAUUGCGCUAAUCUGUAUUCCAUGGAUGCUCUUGGGAAAGCCCUUUUACAUAAUGUUCAGCAGAAAAAAUGAAGCAAAACCUCAUCAUAACGGUAAUAUAAAUCAACCUGCGGAUUCAACAAUACAUUCAUCUACGGAAGAUAAGUCGACUGUAUCCAACGAACAUGAUGUGGAACCAAUAAGUGAAAUUUUCAUUCAUCAAGCUAUCCAUACUAUCGAAUAUGUUCUAAGCACCGUAUCUCAUACGGCUUCGUAUCUUCGACUUUGGGCAUUAUCGCUUGCUCACGCUCAAUUGUCAGAGGUACUUUGGAAUAUGGUGCUUUCAAUGGGUCUUAAACAAGAUUCAUACAAAGGUGCUAUCAUGUUAUAUUUUGUUUUCGGUGCAUGGUCUCUAUUUACUUUGGCUAUUCUUGUAAUGAUGGAAGGUUUGUCAGCCUUUUUACAUACCUUGCGUUUGCAUUGGGUCGAGUUCAUGAGUAAAUUCUACGAAGGACUUGGUUAUGCCUUUCAGCCAUUUUCAUUCAAAUUAAUUUUAGAAGCUGAUGAUGACAUCGACUAAAAAAUAAGAUGUAAAGCAAAAUUAAUUUAGUUUUCUCAAAAAGAAAUUUUUCUCUAACAUAGCACGAUAUUUUAAAGUUUUAUUUCGCUAAUUUAUCAGUAUUAGAUACAUAGUAAAAAUGAUGAUUUGUUGCAAUUUUGAUCCGAAAAUAAUCUCGUUGU